UUGCAGCUCAGCUACCGCCUUCGCGGCGGCGGUGGCGACGGCGGCUCCACUGGCGCCGAGUCGCGAUCCUGCUACCUGGAGAUGUACCUGGGCAAGAAAGCCGACAAGGUGAACCCCGAGGAGGAGCGCCUCGCGAAAUGGACGCGUUGCCACCUGUCCGGCGAGCCGCUUACGCCCCCUUGUGUCGUGGACGAUAUCGGCAACCUCUACAACAAGGAUGCGGUGAUCCAGCGACUGCUCGACAAAUCCAUACCGCAAGCACUAUCCCACAUCACUGGGCUCAAAUCAGUAUUAGAGCUCAAGCUGCACCCAGCGAAAAAGUCCGCUUCUGCGACAUUCCAGCCCAGCAAUGACUCGGACUUUUGUUGCCCGGUCACGGGCGUCGCCUUCAAUGGACGCUACAAGUUUGUGGUGCUACGCCCCAGCGGCCAUGUCGUGAGCGAGAAGGCGCUGAAGGAGGUGCCGGCUGUGGUGGAGGAGCUAGCAGGAAAGAAGGUUUCGGAGCUAGAGAUUACACCGGUGAAUCCCACAGGCGAGCAGCUGGAACAGCUGCGGGCCCGGAUAGCGGCGCGCCUGGCGGAAAAGGCCGGAUCCAAGAAGGACAAGAAACGGUCAGCCGCGGCGACGGCGGCAGUGGUGUUGCCGAACGCCGCCGUCAAUGGCGGCGCUGACGCGCGACGGAGUGGCUCGCCACCAUUAGCGGACGACGCAGCAGCAGCGGCGGCGGGGACGGCUGCUGUCAACAAGCGUCUGAAGAUUCCAGCGGGCGCUACGAAGGAGGUUUACGCAUCGAUAUUCAGCAGCAACAAGGCAGGAGCCGCGGAGAAGGAGACGUUUUGCUGUCGCGCGCUGAGCGCCCGGGGCAUGAACUUGACGUGA